AUGUAUAUCGAGAAGGCUGUGGCGCUUGUGCAAACUGACGUGGAGACUUUACACGAUAACAGAUUUUGUGACAUUUGUGAUCGAGAGUAUGAAGGUGAUUGUCCUGUACAUGGCCCUUACAUUAUUUUCCAUGACAACUAUGUUCCAGUCACAGGUGAAGAAGGCAGAGCUGAGAAAACUUCUCCUGCCCUGGUGCAUGUGGCUAAGUCUAAGAUACCAGGAGGUGGUAGUGGAGUGUGGACAACAGUAGGGCUCCCAGGACACGCCAGACUGGGGCCGUAUGAGGGCAAGAAGAGCGACCAGCCAGACCCUCUGGGCUACAGCUGGACUAUCAUGAAAAACAGGAAGGUAGACCACUACAUUGCAGCAGACUCUACAGUCACAAGCAACUGGAUGAGGUUUGUGAACUGUGCCCGACACGAAUCGGAACAGAAUCUGAUGGCCUUCCAGUACAAGGGCCAUCUGUACUACCGGACUGUGAAGCCAGUGCCACCCAAGGCAGAGUUGUUUGUGUGGUACGGCAAAGAGUACGCAGAGAAACUGGGCAUAUCUCUAGAGAGUUUUCACAGCCGCAACACCAGCCACUUGAAGAACCUGGUGUUUCCCUGUGACAGGUGCAACACUACAUACACAUCUCCCCUCUAUCUGGAGAACCACAGGAAGGUGUGUAAAGGUAACAGAGGACCCAAGAUACUGGUGGAGCCGGACAGUCUGCCGAGUGAUGUUCGGACUCUGGGCUCGCUCCGUGAUGGCAAGCAGGUGUACAGCUGUCCUGUCUGUCAGUACGAGACUGGAUACUUGCAGAACAUGAAGCUACAUCUGUUGGCACACACCGGACAGAAGCCACACACUUGUGAUGUGUGCGGUAAAGGUUUCUCUCAGACUUCUCACCUGGUCACACACAGACGUAUUCACUCAGGAGAGAAACAAUUUAAGUGUACAGUGUGCACCUACAGUUGUAAUCGGUCUAGUGAUCUCCACAUGCACAUGAAACGACACACAGGGGAGAAAACAUUUGCUUGUUCUCUGUGUGACUACAAGACAUCUGUUAGCAGCAAUAUGGUUGUACACUCUCGUACUCACACAGGUGAGAAACCGUACAGUUGUAGCCAAUGUCAGUACAGAGCUGUACAGAGCGGUGUCCUCACUCGACAUAUCCGGGCUGUACACUCGGGGCUCAAGCCGCACACUUGUCCUCACUGUUGCUACAGUACCGCAUGGAAGUCAGACUUGACACAACACAUCAAACGUAAACACUCACAGUAACACACACACUGUCUCAGUCUAGCACUUGGGAGGCAUCAUUUCUUACACAUUAACAGCACCAUAAUAGUUUGUGACUCAUUAAAAAUUAUACGACAAUACUGCCACAAUUGUAAUUACCUUGUCUUAAAUUAGACUAAAAGUUGAAUAAUUUUAAUUGGCAAUCCUACGCUUUAUUUGUAUACACUUAAAU